GUAACAGUUAAGCAAGCAUCACAAUUAUUGGUCACUAUAUUAGUUAUACCUGAGGUUUAGUAUAAUUUAUAAUAGACAGUUACAGUGCGAAACACUUGCUCAUCUCCGGUCAGUCGUGUUGCUGCCUGUAACAACACAGCGUAUGCGCAGGCGCUGUUGGCGAGUAAUCCUCGCGAGUAGGAUCCGUGUCUCUGCCGCCGCCGCUGAACCGGAGAGGGUGCAUGGAGGAACGUUCUCCUGUUUGUCAACGCGGAUGUGUACGAGGAGAAUCCAUGGCGAUCCACCUGCGAGCCCACACCCAAGUCUCAAUCUCUAACCAACGCGCACAGGAGAACCAGAGAUGUGCGUUUUUAUUCUGACGUUGCCAAAUAACCCGACGUUAUUCUAGAAUCAAAGAAUCAGAUAGGCUGUCUUGUCGGCUUAUUUCUCGUCGCGCACCAUUUUGACCGGAUAUUUCUAUGAUGGAGCACAUUCGGACACCAAAGGUGGAGAACGUGCGGCUGGUGGACCGCUCUGCCCCCAGGAAGGCGGGCGUGGGGACGCUGUACCUCUCUGCCACGCACACCAUCUUCGUAGAGAACAACCCAGAAACACGCAGGGAGACCUGGGUGCUGCACAGCAUGGUGGCUAGUGUGGAAAGACCACCCACCACGCCGGCAGGAAGUCAGCUGGUGAUCCGGUGUAAGAACUUCCUGAUCUAUCAUCUGCUGGUGCCUCAGGAGAGAGACUGCAUGGACCUCCACGUCUCCCUCACACGCCUCUCACGGCCAGAGAAGUAUGCCGAUCUGUACUGCCUGUCGUUCAACCCCAGCUUGAACAAGCAGGAGAGAGAAGAAUCCUGGGACUUCCUGGACGUAAUGGAAGACUACAGGCACAUGGGCCUGCCUAACAACCUCUGGGUUACCACGGCAGCCAACAGCGAAUACAGGGUGUGUGACACCUACCCUGCUGAGCUCUUUGUGCCCAGGUCGGCCACGCCCUCCGUCAUCGUGGGCAGCUCUAAGUUCCGCAGUCGUGGUCGUUUCCCCGCGCUGACCUACUUUCAUCAGGACACGCUGGCUGCUAUCUGCCGCUGCAGCCAGCCGCUAUCUGGCUUUAGCGGCCGUUGCCAGGACGACGAGCAGAUGCUGCAAGCUAUCAUGAAAUCCAACCCAGGAAGUGAUGUCAUAUAUGUGGUCGACACCAGACCAAAGCUGAAUGCGAUGGCUAACCGUGCGGCAGGGAAAGGCUAUGAGAACGAAGACCACUACACCAACAUCAAGCUGCACUUCAUCGGCAUCGAGAACAUCCACGUUAUGAGGAACAGCCAGCAGAAGAUCAUCGACGUGGGUGAGCUGCGGACGCCGUCCAUGGGAGACUUCCUGUGGGGUCUGGAGAGCUCCGGGUGGCUCAAACACAUCAAGGCUGUGCUCGACGCUGGGGUCUUCAUCGCAAAGGCGGUAGCAGAUGAGGGGGUGAGUGUGCUGGUUCACUGUUCGGACGGCUGGGACAGGACAGCCCAGGCCUGCUCUGUAGCGAGCAUCCUGCUAGACCCCUACUACAGGACCAUCAAGGGGCUCAUGGUUCUGAUAGAGAGAGACUGGAUUUCCUUCGGGCACAAGUUCUCCCACAGGUACAGCCACCUGGAGGGAGACCUCAGGGAGGUGUCUCCUGUCAUGGAUCAGUUCCUGGAGUGUGUGUGGCAGCUGUCGGAGCAGUUCCCCUGCGCAUUCGAGUUCAACGAGCACUUCCUGAUCCAGAUCCACACACAGGUGUACUCCUGCCAGUACGGCUCCUUCCUGGGGAACAGCCAGAAGGAGAGGAGGGACUUGAGACUUCGAGAGAGGAGCCACUCAGUGUGGAUUCAGCUGUGGCGAGAUCGUGCAGAGUACCUGAACCCUCUUUACAGAGCCGACCACAGCCAGACCCAGGGAGUCCUGCGUCCCAACACCACCCCCUACUGCUUCAAGAUGUGGAAAGGGAUGUACAACCGGUCAGAGAAGGCAGCUCCGCCCCGCCAGUCUCCCAGCGAAUGUCUGACGGCCAUGAGGGAGGAGUCUCAGCAGCUGGAGCAGGAACUGGCCAAUCACCAGGAGAGGAUAGCAGCCCUGAUGAUGAGACACACACAGGAGGAGAGGGGGAGGAGGGAGGAGGAGAGGGGGAGGAAGGAGGAGAAGAGGAGAGAAACCCCUGAGGAAGACAUUGGACGUUGUCUUUCUCCUCCCUCUGACCAGCCAAUCACCACCCUCCCUCAGGACACCAGCCCCUCCCCCUUCUCACCUGACCACGCGCACCCAGGGUUGACCUUGCCCCUGGAGCAGGUCCGGGUCAAAGGUCACAACCCAGACGACCUCUGGGCUUGUAGCGACCCGGAGUCCGGCGUGGCCAACCUCAGCUCCUCCUCCUCCUCCGGAUGUGAUUUGGCCAAGGACCCCGACUCUAGUGAGGCUGCCCCGUACAGAGCUAGGACCCAGACUGCUUCCUCCACUGCCUGAGUGAAAGGCAGCUAGGACCCAGCCUUCUACACCUUGUUGCCUGACUGGAAAUGACAGUUGAACGACAGUUGAUGAAAGGACAUGUCAAAAUCCCAAGUAAGCCUUGUUACCUAGACAACAAGUCAGCUGUGAAGUGACAGUUUGGAGCCCCUGGGCUUCAUUUUAAUUUAUUUAAUAUUUAAACUGAAGUGGACCAAUAAGAACAGAUCGUUUUUAGCAUAGUUUUAUCGACAUGUCAGAGCACAGCCUUGUAGACCACCCUCACACACUGACCCUGGUU